AUGUUGUUUAGCUCUACAUUUGCCCUUGUUGGUGCGCUGUCUGUGGCCUUCUUGGUCGUGAGCUAUUGCGUACAACUACACCAUCACCGUAAACAAUCCAAAGCCCUACACUGCAAACCUCCCCCUUCGGGCUCCUCAAGUUUCUUCGGUAUUCCAGGCUUUAUUCGGUUGACCAAGGCUGUCCGCGAAAAGCGCUGGAUCGAUCAUCUCUAUAACGAAUAUGCUGUCCAUGGAAAUACUUAUCAACAGAGAUUCCUCUCUCAAAACAUAAUUACUACCAUCGAGCCGGAAAAUGUCAAGGCACUUCUUGCUACUCAAUUCAAAGAUUUUUCUCUUGGAACAAGACACCAACAGUUCUACCCACUCCUAGGAGACGGUAUUUUCACCCUCGAUGGUGCUGGGUGGUCGCAUGCGCGGGGAUUGUUGCGCCCGCAGUUCACCAGAGAUCAGGUUGCCGAUCUUUCCAUGUUGGAUGAUCACAUUUCCAACUUGAUUGACCUUAUCCCGAAGGACAGGAGCAGUUUCGACAUCCAGCGUUUGUUUUUCCUACUGACUCUCGACUCAGCAACCCACUUCUUAUUCGGGGAAUCGGUUGGCUGCAUGCUUCCUCCCUCCGGAAAGACAGGAGUGUUAGAAAAAUGCGCCGUAGGUAGUGCACAGGGUUUCGCCAACGCGUUCGGAACCGCUCAGGAUUAUCUCGCUGCGCGGAGUCGCGCCCAGGGCUUAUACUGGGUUGUCAAUCCCAAGGAAUUCCGCGAGGCAAACCGACAGGUUCACGAAGUCGUCGAUCAUUAUGUCAAUCUCGCUCUUGAAUCAAAACGUAAUCCCGAAAAGAAGGACGCAGACGGUCGGUAUAUCUUCCUCGAAGCCCUGGCGGCCGACACCGAUGACCCGAAGAUCCUACGCGAUAACAUGCUAAAUAUUUUAUUGGCUGGCCGAGAUACCACAGCCAGUCUCCUGAGUUCGACAUUCUUCUAUCUUGCCCGUUACCCUAAUGUGUGGAACCGGCUGCGCCGUGAGAUCGUGGAUAUUUUCGGAGAUGCGAAGAAUCCGCGGUCGGAAAUGACACAGACAAGGCUGAAGGAUAUGCCUUAUCUACGAUAUGUAUUGAACGAAGUCCUUCGUCUCCAGCCUCCUGUGCCUAUCAACUUCCGUGUCGCGACCAAAGAUACCUCCCUACCGGUCGGCGGUGGCGCAGACUUCCAAUCGCCUGUUUAUGUUGAGAAGGGCACAAUGGUUGCCUACAACGUCUUCGCUAUGCACCGCCGGACAGAUCUAUGGGGCAAAGACGCAACUUCCUUCCGGCCUGAGCGCUGGGAGGAAAAUGCUAAGCAUGGCUGGGAAUAUCUGCCUUUUAAUGGUGGGCCGCGUAUCUGCCUUGGUCAACAAUACGCCCUCACUGAGGCAAGCUACACCGUCGUUCGUAUCAUGCAGCACUUCGAUACUCUCGAAAACGCGGACCCCCAUCCUAGACAGGAGCCUAUUAAACUAUCUACUAUCACGAUGUCGCAUGAUCUUGGCGUUCCUGUUCGUUUGUACGCUUCGGAGAAGAUUUAG